GCCAAACAGCAGGUGGUGCAGAAGAGAAGCCCGGACAUGGGAUUUACAGACCUCUGGCUCUCUGACUUCUGCACUGGACAAGCGUGGAGAAGCAAUAAAGCUCAAAUUUAAAAUCAGGUGUCACAGCAAUAGCGUCACAGGCCGGGGCUCGCUGAAUAAAGAUACGUGUGGAUUUAGAGGGACAAAGCGGCACUCGAACCGGACGACUCACAAGAGGAGGAAGAAUUCCGCCCUCUAAUCUCAGGAUCUCCGUUCGGUCCGUCUGAAUGAUCUGAGUUAUCCCCGCCAAAGGCCACCUCGAGUCAUGGAAGUACCUCUGUUUUGCAUCAAGAAUUUAUUAGUCGAUGAAACUUGAUGUCAUCAUGGGUUCAAACGAGCUUUAAAUGUUUGACUCCGUUCGCCUGAUGAUUCAGCUUUUCAAGGAGGGAAGCUGGGAACUGAGAGAGGCUCAUAAUGUAGGAGCCACAGGUGAUUUGCAUGUGGCUUCAGAUCUGAGACGGGCCGAGCGCAGCCAGCAUGGAACCGCAGACAGCCUCUUCAGUCUGGAUUUACGUCAACAGCACGGAGCAAAUGAACACUUCACAUGACUUCAACACCACUGAAUUGAGUGAAAACUCUGAAAAGUACCAGUCGUACGUCAUCGGCCUCUUCCUGUCCUGUCUCUACACCAUCCUCCUCUUCCCCAUCGGAUUUAUCGGGAAUAUCUUGAUCUUGGUGGUGAACCUGAACCACAGAGAGAAGAUGACCAUCCCCGACCUCUACUUUGUCAACCUGGCCAUCGCCGACCUCAUCCUGGUGGCCGACUCGCUCAUCGAGGUCUUCAAUCUCAACGAGAAGUAUUACGACUACGCCGUCCUGUGCACCUUCAUGUCUCUGUUCCUGCAGGUCAACAUGUACAGCAGCAUCUUCUUCCUCACGUGGAUGAGCUUCGACCGAUACGUCGCCCUGGCCAACUCCAUCAGCAGCAGCCCCCUGAGGACGAUGCAGCACGCCAAGCUCAGCUGCGGCCUCAUCUGGAUGGCGUCCAUCUUGGCCACCCUCCUGCCCUUCACCAUCGUGCAGACGCAGCACAGGGGAGAGCUGCACUUCUGCUUCGCCAACGUCUUCGAGAUCCAGUGGCUGGAGGUCACCAUUGGCUUUCUGGUGCCCUUUUCCAUCAUCGGUCUGUGCUACUCCCUGAUCGGCCGAAUCCUGGUGAGGUCCCAGAAGCACCGGGGCCUGUGGCCGCGCCGGCAGAAGGCGCUGCGCAUGAUCGUGGUGGUGGUCCUGGUGUUCUUCAUCUGCUGGCUGCCGGAGAACGUCUUCAUCAGCAUCCAGCUGCUGCAGGGCACCGCCGACCCGGCGCAGAGGACCGCCACCACCCUGUGGCACGACUACCCGCUGGCCGGCCACAUCGUGAACCUGGCGGCGUUCUCCAACAGCUGCCUCAACCCCAUCAUCUACAGCUUCCUGGGGGAGACCUUCAGGGACAAGCUGCGUCUGUUCAUCAAGCAGAAGGCCAGCUGGUCGGUGGUGAACCGCUUCUGCCACCACGGCCUGGAUCUGCGCCUCCCGGUCAGGAGCGAGGUGUCGGAGGUGUGACUGCUGCAACAGAGACAAUCGUCACAAAGCGGACUCCACAGACUUCUUCUUCAUGUCAGAGUUAUAUAUCAGUUUCCCUCAACUGUUAUUUGGCUUUGUCGUAUACAGUAGUUGUGCCGGCGUCUCAGUUAACUCACUCACUCCCUGAAC